CACCUGGUGGCUGCGUUUGAGAAGAGUCUGACGAACAUGACCUGUCGCCUGCAGAGUCUAACAAUGACAGCGGAGCAAAAGGAGUCCGAGCUGGCGGAGUUGAGAGAGACCAUUGAAGCGUUGAAAACUCAGAACACAGAUGCUCAGACGGCCAUUCAAGUGGCCCUCAAUGGCCCUGGUCAUGUUCAUAAAGACCUGAGGAUCCGUCGACAGCACUCAUCAGAAAGCAUGUCCAGUAUUAACAGUGCUGCCAGCCAUUCCAGUAUGGGUAGCGCUAAAGACGUAGACGACAAGAAGAAAAAGAAGAAAAGCUGGUUGCGGAGCUCCUUUAAGCAGGCCUUCAGCAAGAAAAAGACCAACAAGAGCCAAUCAUCUCACGAUGAGUUUGAAGAGAUGACUGACUCAUCCCUCCCUUCUUCACCCAAACUCCAACACACCAACAGACAGACCAGCACCACCCAACCACUGCUCUCAUCACCGUCCACCACAGAAAAGUGUUUUUGUGAUAGCAAGUCCUCCCCCAUUUGGAUGCCAAAGAAAAAGUCAAACGGUCAUGUGGUCUACAAGCACAGAUCUCGGUAACGGGCACAGUGUGGCAUGCUGGGAAGGAUUGAGAGUGUGCAGUGACUAAUAUUACAAAAGAUCCCUUGCCCUAUAUUUCAGUUUCAAAACAUUUUAUGUGAGACUUGAGACUGACAACAAUAUA